CUCUACUACGGACUUCCUAACUUAUUAUGACAUCUGGCCAAUGUUAGUAAGGUUGUUAGUAAGUCCUCUCUAACCAUAAUUUGUAAUAUCGUACUAGAUUUUGUGGGAGGUAGUUGGAUUGAAGACACACUUCUCUGACAAGGGCAGAUUAGGCUGAUUUUUUUUUUUUAAGUGCUGAUAUGUGUGCCUAAAUAUAACCCAGCAGCUGCUAUGUGGUUCCUUCCAUAUAUGUCUGGGCCCUUUAACCUCACAGCUCCACUACACAGCAGAUCGUAUUGUGACGCCGAGCCAUCCUCCUGGAACUGUCUCCACAAUUACUGCGUCAUCUGGAUCCAUCUGUGGUCGCGCGCCAUGCCGGGAGUGGAUACUACAACGCUAACUGAUCUGAACCCCGAAUGUCUUCUGCAUUUGUUUUCCUUCCUGGACAAGGACAGUAAGAAACGCCUGUCACAAACAUGUCACAAGUUGAUGGACAUUUUCCAGGAGCCUUCAGUAUGGAAACUGCUAAAUUUCAGCUCCCCAUCUGAACUGAACAAGAAGAAUUUUGUUUUGGGACCAGCUCUGAAAUCGUUGUCCAUUUGUUGGUAUUCCAGCCGGGUAAAAAUCUGCAACGUUGAAGACUGGGUGAAAACCACUCUCCAAAAAUCCAUGUGCAGCCACCAUCUUAAUACCGUCAGCGACUUCCUGCUCCAGGUGUCCAAGAGGUGCCCAAAUCUUCGGACGCUGACAUUGUCGGGCUGUGCCCAUGUGACCGAUGAGCCUCUCCUCCAGAUCAUGAGACAUUGCCCAGAUCUUCAAAGUCUACAGCUGGAGAACUGCUCUGGGGUAACCGAUAGACUGCUGGCCGUGGUCCCCUUGCGCUGUAGACGACUUCAUACUCUUCAUGUGAACUUCUGCAGAAACAUAACAAAGAAAGGCCUCUCACUAGUGCGACAAGGAUGUCCGGAGCUCACUCUACAGGCAGAUCGGAGUGCAGACAUGUUCACCGACAGGCUACCUAGUGAAAGCAUUCCUAUAAAGAGGAAACCAAGAAGACUCGUACUAGAUGUGGACUGGAUAGAAGCAUAGUACUUUCCUAGGUCACAAUCACCUAAAUUAGGCUUGUACUGAGAAAUACUUGGAAAGAUGUUAGUUGCCUGGCUGUGGUGCUGAUCCAAGCCUAUGGAGAGAACAGACCCAAGACAAGUAUGCAGCAAAAGUGAAAUCAGAACUCCUGAUAUGUACUGUACACGUCUGGUCCAGGUUAUGAAAGUGUUGAAUUCAAUAGUAUAGCAGGACAGCCAAGCAACUAGCAUCUUCAGAAGGAUAACUUGGCAAUGGCAGCCUUCAUAUUUUAAGCACAGGUUUCCUUUAGGCCGGAUUCACACUAGUGCGGAGCGAAUUCCAGCUCUGUUAUCUCUGCAAAACAUAAGAGCUGUUCA